AUGCCGGGCGGCGGCGGCGGCGGCGGCCACGACGAAGUCGACGACGACUACGUUCCCCCCGCGCGGCGCGGGGUGUUGUUUUUCUCGGCCAUCCCGCGCGACAUGCGGCCGCAGGAGGUCCGCAUGCACUUCAGCGAGUUUGGGACGAUACUGCGGCAGAAGUUUACGCCGUUCCCGAAGAAGGAGCGACGCCCCGGCGGCCCGCUGCUGCCGCUGCAGUUCAGGAGCGGCUACUUGGAGUUCGCCCACGCCGCGGACGCGCGACGGGCAGCGGCGGCGAUGAACGGCACCUCCGUCGCGUGCAAGCGACGGCGCAAGUGCCACGGCCAGCUGUGGACCGUGAAGUUCCUCGACAACUUCUCGUGGGACACGCUGCUUGAGGAGCGGGAGGGGGCCCUGCGCACGCGGCGGCAGCGCGAGGCGGAGGCACGCAGCACGGAGCGCGCCAUUAACGAGGCCUACCGCGCCGCCGUGCUUGCGAAGGGGCGGCGCAAGCGCCCGCGCGCCGAGGCGGCGGCGGCGGCGGAGGGGAAGCCGCCUGAGCCCGACGGCCCUGCGAGGGUGGAGCGGCGUGAGCGAAGGACGGCUGCGCGGGCCUCUUCUGCCUCUGCCUCUGCUUCCGCUGCUGCUGCUUCUGCAGGCGACACUUCCCUUGAGGCGGGGCGGAAGAGGCGGAAGGGGCAGCGCUGA